CGCAAAGGAGAGAAGAUAUGAGAUUUCAUAGUUCGGUGGGAAAAGGAAGCCAGAGACGUACACGGGGCGGAUGACCAGGCCUUGGUAGCGAUGUUCCAAGCAACCCCACCUGAGGGAGAAGUGAGGAAGGAGCUCCGCAAGAAUCCUCCCCCCACGUACCAGGAAACCUUGGCACGCGCUAAGUUCUUGGCCUUGGAGGAGUUCGAUGACGCUCUCCCCUCUGAGGCUACGCCGAUCAAGCGAGCUCCCAUGGAUUCGGGGGAGAUUGCGAAGAAAAGGAAGAAGAAGGACUACACUGCUGGCCCUAGAAUGCCUUUGGCCGGAGUCUACUCUGUAGGGGCGCCUGCGGGGACGGGUCGAGAGCUAGCCCUCUCCCCGCUCCCCCACCUGGAGACCUACGUGGUGUCCGGCGGCAGCAAGUAUUGUGAGUACCACCACAACAACACACCCAACACGAAGGAAUGAUUUACACUUCAGAAGGAGAUGCAGCAGCUGAUCACCCAAGGGCCGGCUCCUCGAGAUGAUGGAGCAGCCCCAUCGGGAGGGGCACCGGGAAGCAAGGAAUCCCGAGAAGGUCGUAGUGGCCACGCAAGCAAGGAAUCCCGAGAAGAGCGCACAUCGGGCGAGAAUGUGACAACCUAGACAACGACGAAGCCCAAGGAUACCCGGUGGGGUUUAUCCACAGGGGAAUAUCG